CCUCCUCUCCCUCUGUGUGUUUUUUUUGCAGGUGUGUCAAUUUUAUUUCUGCCCAGUAGGUGGGACUUGGUGACUUUCGCACCAUUUUUGUUAUUUAUUUAUUUCCCCUGGCUGCCUCCCCAGCCGCUGUUGCAAUCCUCCGGAGCGGCUGGCGGGGAGCGCCUGAGCCCGGGCGCCGGGCGCACGCAGCCCGGCCAGUAUGCAUCUCCGCCCGCUACCGUAGGGGGAAUUACAGCCUCUCCUCACCAGCUGCCAGCAUGAUUUCAUCUGCUGGAGGAUUUUUGCAUCUGAUCGCUUGAGGUUUUGUGUUUUUUUUUUCUCCCUCUGUCUUUGUUUCCUUCCCCCUUUCCCCCCCCUCCCCUCCCUCCAUCCCCCCUUUCCUCCUCCUCCUCUUUUUUAGAAGCAGCAAUCGGAGAUGGAUGUCUCUCUUUGCCCUACCAAGUGCACUUUCUGGAGGGUAUUUUUGCUCUGGAGCAUUUGGGGAGACUAUCUGCUUUCGGUGCUGGCUUGCCCUGCUAAUUGUCUUUGCAGCAAGACAGACAUCAAUUGCAAGAAGCCGGAUGAUGGGAACCUCUUCCCUCUCUUGGAAGGGCAGGAUUCAGGCAGCAGCAAUGGCAACACGAGCAUCAAUAUCACGGACAUCUCAAGGAACAUCACUUCAAUACACAUAGAGAACUGGAAGAACUUGCAGACACUGAACGCCGUAGACAUGGAGCUGUACACAGGACUCCAGAGGCUGACAAUCAAGAACUCAGGGCUACGAAACAUCCAGCCGCGGGCAUUUGCGAAGAACCCUCACCUGCGUUACAUAGACCUCUCCGGUAACCGGCUCACCACACUGUCAUGGCAACUCUUCCAGACACUGAGACUUUUUGAACUGAGACUAGAGAAGAACCUCUUUAACUGCAGCUGUGACAUCCGCUGGAUCCAGCUCUGGCAGGAGAAAGGCAAGGCGAACCUGCAGUACCAGGAGCUGUACUGCAUGAACAUGGAUGCGGCCAUCAUUCCCUUACAGGAGAUGAACAUCACCCAGUGUGACCUCCCCGAGAUCAGCGUGAGCCAUGUGAACCUGACAGUGAGGGAAGGGGAGAAUGCUGUGAUCACCUGCAACGGCUCAGGCUCUCCGCUGCCUGAUGUGGACUGGACCGUCGCAGACCUCCACUCCAUCAACACCCACCAGACCAACCUCAACUGGACCAAUGUUCAUGCCAUCAAUCUGACGUUGGUGAAUGUCACCAGUGAGGACAACGGGUUCCUGCUCACCUGUAUUGCCGAGAACGUGGUGGGCAUGAGCAAUGCCAGCGUGCUGCUCACUGUCUACUAUCCCCCUCGCAUCCUAACCCUGGAGGAGCCGGUGCUGCACCUGGAGCACUGCAUUGCAUUUGCAGUGCAUGGGAACCCAGCUCCCACCCUUCACUGGCUGCAUAAUGGCCAGGUCCUCCGGGAGACAGAGAUCAUCCACAUGGAGUUCUACCAACAAGGGGAAGUGUCAGAGGGUUGCCUGCUCUUCAACAAACCCACUCACUACAAUAAUGGCAACUAUACAAUUGUGGCCACCAACCAGCUGGGCUCAGCCAACCAAACCAUCAAAGGACACUUCCUUGAAAAGCCCUUUCCAGAGAGUACGGAUAACUUUGUCUCAAUCGGUGAUUAUGAAGUGAGUCCCACCCCACCGAUCACUGUCACCCACAAACCAGAAGAGGACACUUUUGGGGUUUCCAUAGCGGUUGGGCUGGCAGCUUUUGCUUGUGUCCUCUUGGUGGUCCUCUUUAUUAUGAUCAACAAGUAUGGCCGGCGGUCCAAGUUUGGGAUGAAAGGUCCUGUGGCAGUGAUCAGCGGAGAGGAGGAUUCUGCCAGUCCCCUCCACCACAUCAACCACGGCAUCACGACGCCCUCAUCCCUGGACGCUGGCCCUGACACGGUGGUGAUCGGCAUGACCCGUAUUCCCGUCAUCGAGAACCCCCAGUACUUCCGACAAGGCCACAACUGCCACAAGCCAGAUACGUAUGUCCAGCAUAUUAAGAGGAGAGACAUCGUUUUGAAGAGGGAGCUGGGAGAAGGUGCCUUUGGGAAGGUCUUCUUGGCCGAGUGUUACAACCUCAGCCCCACCAACGACAAAAUGCUGGUGGCAGUGAAGGCACUGAAAGACCCCACCUUGGCAGCCCGUAAGGACUUCCAGAGGGAGGCAGAGCUGCUCACCAACCUGCAGCAUGAGCACAUCGUAAAGUUUUAUGGUGUCUGCGGCGACGGCGACCCACUCAUCAUGGUCUUUGAAUACAUGAAGCAUGGGGACCUGAAUAAGUUCCUGAGGGCACAUGGCCCAGAUGCUAUGAUCCUCGUGGAUGGGCAGCCUCGACAAGCCAAAGGGGAGCUAGGGCUAUCCCAGAUGCUCCACAUCGCUAGCCAGAUCGCCUCUGGAAUGGUGUACCUUGCCUCCCAGCACUUUGUCCAUAGAGACCUGGCAACCAGGAACUGCUUGGUUGGAGCCAACCUGCUGGUGAAGAUUGGAGACUUUGGGAUGUCAAGAGAUGUCUACAGCACUGAUUACUACAGGGAAGGGCCACGCCGGAAGGGCCAGUGCAGCGCAGCGUGGCAGCGACAGAGACUCGCACCGCCGGCAGCUGCAACAGUUGGAGGACACACCAUGCUGCCUAUCCGCUGGAUGCCUCCAGAGAGCAUCAUGUACAGGAAGUUCACCACAGAGAGUGACGUCUGGAGCUUUGGGGUGAUCCUCUGGGAGAUCUUCACUUACGGGAAGCAGCCCUGGUUUCAGCUCUCAAACACAGAGGUCAUUGAGUGCAUUACCCAAGGCCGAGUUUUGGAAAGGCCUCGAGUCUGCCCUAAGGAGGUUUACGACAUCAUGUUGGGCUGCUGGCAGAGAGAACCUCAGCAACGGCUCAACAUCAAGGAGAUCUACAAGAUCCUUCAUGCUCUGGGCAAGGCCACACCAAUCUACCUGGACAUCCUUGGCUAGCCAUGGCCACUUGUCAAGAGUCCUUGCUCCUUUCUUCUGUCCUUCCUUCCCUCUCCCCCUCCCAAGUCCCCUGCCCCUCAGCUCCCAAGCAAACAUCUUCAUAUAAACUCAAGUGCCUGCUACACAUACAACACUGAAAACAAAACAAAACAAAAAUCAACCCAACAAAAAUCCCACAAAACAAUGACCUGUAAGGCAGUUUGGCUUAUAUAUAUAUUUAUAGAUAUCUCUCUAUAUAUAACUUCUACACCAAUACAGAAAGAAGCUGCUGUUACAGAAAUUAUAAGACUCAAAAAAAAGAAAAAGAAACAAAAAAGGGAGAAAAAAAACUACUUAAAAAGAUAUAUAUAAUUAAAAAAAGAAAAAAAAAGAAAAGAGAAGGAAUCUUUCCCCCAAGCAACUAAGCAGUGAAUUGUAACCCUGCUGUGAGGCUACGGUUCGGGCUGUUGGGCAGGGCUCUAGAUGGGCUGAGGCAAUGAUGCCAUCCCAGGUAGGAGCCCUGGGAGGAAAGCCCUGCCCUGGUUGUAUGAUAUGCACUGAAUGUGUGAAACUAGUCCUCCCUUUUCUUCCUUCCCUCGCUCCCUCCUUCCCUGCCCACAGGUGAUGGGCGCCAAGCCAGGUCAGUGUCCCUGGAUGAACUGUCUUUUACCAACCACUUUUUCCCCUUACCUCUCUACCUCCCAAUCCCUCCCCCGCCACCUUCCUGCCUUUUUCUUCCCUUUGACAUUUCAGGACAAUUUUUCUAAUUUGCUGAUUCUUAAAUGUAUAAACUCAAGGCUUUUGAACACACAGUCAAAGGAUUGUGGCACCUACGGGUAAAACACACACCGGGACCCAGCUGCCCUCCCGCAGACAGCGAGUCGGCCGGACCCAGACCUCCCUCUUGCCCUGCGCUGACCACUGCCAGGGGCAGGAGAGCAGUGGGACCGAAGUGGCUGUGCGAGAGUCAAAGGGGGUCCUGGAGACCCAUUCCUGAAUCAUCCCCAACCCAUUCCAGUGUGCAAGACAGGAGUGUCAUUCGCCCAGCAGAGAUGGUGACUUUGCAAGGAACAACCCCUCAUCCCCCACCCUCUCAUUUCUCCUCACACUUCACUUUUGCUAGAGGCCAUGGGGUUGUCCCCCCCCACACACACACCUGUCCACACCAAAUUCAUCCCAGGUGUAAACCCUCAGCGGACAGGGCUGCAUCGCCUCCUCCUAGCAAGGGGCAAAGGCCGCUGGUUGCAGACCAGCUGGGCGUUUCCUUGUACCCUCGCUGAGCAUGCCAAUGGGGUUAUUACAUCUCAGUGAUCUUCCUCCCCGUCCUCUUCCUCCCCCACCAUUCCUGCCUCAGCGCAAUGCUCGGGCACAUGCCAGCGGGGGACAGGGAGGGGGACAAGGCUUGUGAGAUGGCCGGGAACCUACUAGCACCUGCUUGCGGCCCCGUUGCCAUUCUCCUCACGUCCCCAGCCCCUGAAAGGAUUGAUGCAUCUGCCUUUGAGCUGUUGUGAAAUGCAGAGGCUGAAGAAUAGCUCCACAGGCAGCCCCGGGAGGAGCGGGGAGGGAGGGGAAGGUGCCUCCAGGAGCAGACGGCUCAGCGGAUGGCCGCAGCGGCCAGCCUUGCAUCUCAAUGAGGAGAAAGGCCUGACAGGCAGCGACAGCGGGUAGUGAGGACAGCGAGAGCUCAGCAGAAGCGUCCUUCCUGCAGCCCACCUCCCUCAAGCCAGAAAUAAUCCCAACCUGGUGAAAGGCUGAAUCUGAUGCUGAAUCCCAUCUGUCCGGAGCGGACCCAGAAAAUGAAACAUUUCUGGUCUGUUCCUUCCUCCGGCUGACGGAGGACACGGGGGGGACCUCAGCUUGGCAGCUGCUCCUGGGAGGAGAGCGCGGGCGGGAGCGGGCGCCACAGGCAUUGUCAAGGCAAUUUGAGACGGCGACAACCGCCAGCACAAAAAUAGCCUGCUCAGAUGCGGCGUUUGUCAGGAAGGGAACGCACAUGGGGGAAGAGGAGAGGGAAAAGGGAUCUUAGCCCUUCCCCACAGCCUCAGCAGCGUUCAGGGCCUUGGCAUGAGGGGAGACAAGUGAGUCUGACCAAAGCCUGGUCAUGGUCGUCUACUGAAAAGGAAGCUUUCUGCAUAUUCUCCUAAGCCCCAUCUCUUGCCAGUCUCUACCUCCCACUCACAGAUCUGGCUUGAGCUGGCCUAUGGUUUCAGACAGGGCAGGGAGCACUGUUGCAAGGAGGUUUGUGGUGGCAGCGGUGGCCAUGGUGUUAGUCUGUGCCUGUGUGAUAAGUGGUGUAAGCUUGGGGUGAAAGAUGAUGGAUGGUAGUAACCUCAUGAGAUCAAAGAGGUAGCCUUACCCCUGCGGUUUGAGAUACCUGAGAUAGGAGACAGACUCAUGCCAACAGAGGCUGGAAGGACUGCCGCUGAUCAGACCCCAGCAGCCUGCAGCAUGGACACCAAAGCUGACUGUGCACGGCUGUGCAGGCAGGGGUGAGGGGCAGGAGCUGCACACAGCCACAAGGUAUAUGCCACCCUGACCAGCAGCAUUUGGCUCCUUUGGGAGAGGAUGUCUCCUGGUUCCCUCAUCUGCCUACUCAGGCUUAUCUUGGAAAGGAAAAAGGCUGUAAGGCUGCUGGCCCUGGCAUGGGUCCCUUUGCAUGCAGGUUGUUUUGGCUAAAAGGACUGAAGUCAUCAUACAAUGGGAGAGCAAGCGAUGGUUAUUAAUAGCCCCGUGCCUUCAAGAGAAAACCAUUCUCUUGGGCUGCCCAUCUCUCACCCCAAUGAUUUCCUGCUCCUGUGGCUCCCAGACACUGCGCCACGUUGUGCAAGUCACCGUUUUGUCCGACCCUCUCUAGCUCUCAUUUCUCUUUCUGACAGUUUCACAGGUCUUUACACUAUCAAAUUACUAACAGACACUGUGUUCCCAUCAUCAGUGGUAGUCUCCAUAUAACCAUGAUAUACAUCAGCUACAGCCACCUUUCUUGCUUUUCUCCUUCCCCUCCUCCCCACCAUCACCUCCCUGUCCCUUUUGCCAGUUCUUUAUAUGGUCACAACUGCAAAGUGAGCUCCAGAGCAGAGCAAGACAUCGGGCCUCAGUGUCACAUGGUUAGGAAUAAGUGGCCUCAUGAGAGGCAAGAAAAUGGGCCCCAGAAGAUAUGCCGCUCCUGAGGCCAAGGUCCAGGUUGCCUGACUGCCUUCCUGUUAGCCCCACCAAGUGCAGUGGCUGCCUUGGAAAAAGGUUCUUUUGUCAAAGCUGAUUGUGAACAAUUGUUCAGAAAAGCAAGAUAAGCUACUGUGCUGCUGCGUGACAUCUCCCCUGCUACUGCUGUCCCGUGGGCUGCUGAUGCUGGAUGGAGGUUUGUUUGGGGGUGUGUUGUUUUGUAUUUGAAGACACGAUGGAAACUGCUACAUCUCUUUUUGUCAUGAGAGUUUUGGAGGGGACCAGGGAAAGCAGCUGUGCUGAGUUACUGGUGAACUUCCUGAGACCUCAUUUCCAGAAGCAUCUUCCCCGGACCAGAAGUGGAGCUGCCCAGCAGCAUGGGUGGCAGUGCUCUUCCCUGUAGGAAGAGGGGCUCUGGCACUGGCUCGGGCUCUGGCACCCCACUGCAUGCAGGGAGACGAGGAAGAGAAAGUGUGUGGGGGGAAACCCUCACAGAGCGCCAUAAAUCUAAGUGCAGAGUGCUCUCAGCUGACAAGAGGAAUGAGCUUAUGCUCCUUCUCCACCUCCAGGAGAGAUACUUCUCAUUGCCAUGCUUCUGCUAAGAGGCGAGAACUAUUCCCGUUGCCUGAGAACACCAAGAGGUCACACACAGCUCAGGGCAAGCCAGGCCUAAUUCCCAGCCUGCCCAGGAAGGUGUUCCCACCACCAAGCUCCUCCAGCAGCAGCUUUCUCAAGAAGCCUGUUAAUGGGGAGCUGCAAGGAGCACUGAUUUGGGCACCAUGGGGUUGUCACCAUCCUAGAAGCACGCUGCUCCCUUGCACUGAAAGUGCAAGCAGCAGCUCAGUCACUAGGAGGGUGUCACUGAAAUGAUGGUUUCUGGGAGUUGAAGGUGCUAUUGUUGAAGGCGCACGGUACAGCUGGCAAUCGCAUUUUAGGACCCCAAACUGUGGGCAGUUGAUAUGGCUCUAGCCUUAGGGACUCAUCAGUGACCUGUCUUUUCUAGUCUUUUUUUUUUUUUUUUUUUUUUUCCCACAGCAGUCUGACAGGUUGCAGGAUGAAAGCUGAGAUGUAGCUGAGGGAAGACAUGCUAUGAUCUGCCAGACUGAAAGUUCACGCUGUCUCCCACAGAGCUUUCCAUUUGGUCUUUUCAAAAUGCCCCUCAAUGCACUCCUUUUGGAAAAGAUACUGGGCUGCCUCAUUUCAGGCCUGUGCCUUGUCCCGCUAGGUGCUGUUGCAAACAGUUGGUUCUGGAAGCAUGUGCUGUACGGACAAAUGUGAAAAAUCUGGAAUGCCUUUAGAGAAACUGCUUGCUUGAGAGACAUCAUUAGCUAAGAGCGUCUGCUUGUCCCCAGGGGUGGGUGGAACAAGGUGAGAAAAUAUGUGGGGAAAUAAAAAAGCCAAGGAAAGCAAUGAUUUUAGAAGGCAAGUGAGUAUCUUCAGUUGGGAAAUCAAGACUGGUUUAGGGAGUGUGGUGUAGAAUUUUAAAUGGCAAGGUGGAUAUAAGCGAGAAACAAAAGAAAAUAGCAAGAUACCAGAGCUCCAGGAAAAGUUAGCUGUAACACUGGGCAAAUACUGGUUUAGAAAAGGAGAAAGAAACCAAUAAAAGCAAGGGACCAUUUAUCCAUAGAGAAAACAAAAUAGCCAGGGUUUGUGCUCUUCAGUUAUUUUGCUUCUGCAUGAAAAUACACGUAAAACAAGGCCUCAUAAAAUUUAAGUUUUUCAGGGCCACAGACACAGGAGCAUAAUGUUAACUGAACUGGUUUCUUUCAUGUGAAAGGCUCUUAUUUCCCCAGAUUCGAAUGUAUGGGUCUCCCUGAGUUCAGACUCUGGGUUAAGGACUGCAGACUUGGGUCCCUGCUAGCCCAUGAAAAUGCAAUUAGUUCUGAACAGUUGCCAAUAAGGGAUUUGUGUGUCAGUCUGUGUUUUGCUCAGCACUGUGAUCUUAGGCAGUUUUAUUAAGGCUGCUAAUUUCCCCCACCACCACCAGGGAACAUCUAUGUCCUUUACCCAGUUGUGACUCCUAAUGGUAAAUGAAGAGGCAAAGCAAGUAGCUGAAUUUUUGGAGCAUGAUGUGUCCAUCUUUGCUUCCUGACCUGUCCAGGAAUCAGCUGAACCACUACAGCCAUGGCUCGUUCCCAUACUUUCAUAAACAGUUGUAGCUCUGUUCUCCCGUUGUAGGGCAACAGCGAGCAUAAGCAAGCUGAAUAAAUGGGAUCCUGUCUGCGAUGUCAUGCAGUAGUGGCUCCUCUGAAAACUGAAAGGCCCGGGGCAUCAACAUGGCUCCUCUGCGAUGAGGAUCAGCAGGUAUGGGCAUGCUUUGGCACACCCCAAAAUGCUUGUCCGUCAUUCAAACAUGGUGGCAUUCUGAUGGAAAAGACAAGGUCAUUGCCUUGGAAUAAGAGGACUGCUCAUUUCCAAAGUAAUACCAAGAACUGCAGGGAGAGAAAUUCCCCUUUUCAGCACUGCUUUCCAGGAAUGGACAAACUUUCUUAGCUUUGAGGUACCACUCCACUCCCCAUCCUCCUCAAUCCCUUACACCCCCAUGCAUUCAAUGUUUCUUUAAAUAGCUGCUAAAUCUCAAAAGGUGGGACCUCUCCCUUUGCCACUCUCCCUCCAAGCAGGGAUAUUGAGUUUCAAGCCCAGAGUACAUUGGUGUUUUCAAAACAGCCAUUCUGAUUGGCAGUGGCAUGAAUGACACAGGUAGAGAUGUCAGCCACUGCUCCAAGAGGAAUGAAGGAGCAUUCAGUCUCUCCUGUGCCCCUUAUUCCCUUCCAGUACGCUACUAAGCAAUGAAACACUUCCCUGAGAGGAGUGAUAGACAUCCCAUUGCUUGCAGCGUUGAAAAGCUGAACUGAAAAAAGCAAUGAGAGACCAAAGAGAAAGAAGAAAACAAUCUUAGAGCUUUCUCCAGGGGCUGAGCUGAGCUGAUAGGUUGGUUUUAUCUUGACAUCUUUAAUUUCUCACGCUCCCAAUCUGACAGCUCUUUUCCAGCUACAGGAAUGGCCACCUUUCCUCCUCUCUUCUGCUAACCCUUCAAUUUUAGCAUCUCUCCAAGAAGAGAGGCACAACAAAUCUAAUCAUCACUUCCUCACACUGCCAAGAGUUCUCUAUGGGAACUGAUCUCCCACCUGGCACAAGCGACUGAUCCUACAACUGAAAACUUGAGCAGUUGUUCUGAGGGGGUGUUUAACUGCUGGACGACUGGCUUCUUAGGACAAGACCCCAGCAGGGAAGGACUCAAAUACCUCUAAAGAAAAUCAUAGCUCUGGGAGGUCUGAAUAUUUUCUCACAUACUUUCCCUCACUUUCUGCUGGUUUCCAACCUCCCCAGUCUUUGUUGCUUGAUAUUUAGAUAGCUGAGCUGCUGCAUUCACUCCUUUCAGAGGGCAAAGGGCUGGUGAAGCUGUUUGAUUUUGAUGUGGUAGGUGAGAUAAGAUUUCUCCCUGCACCCUCUUCUUUUUCUCCCUGUGUGGCUCCUGUCCUUGCAGUUCUCAGGACUUGACUAGCAGAGUUUUUAAAUGAAGUGAAAGUCUUAAUGUGAGGUGAAUCCCAAGACCACAAACAGUUUGGACUUCAAACAGUGAGAAAAUUGGCGCCGAAUGAUUCCGCACACAAAGCAGAAAACUUUCAUUUCCUGCAGGCAGGAUGGAAUUGACUGUUAUAUUAAGACUUCAGAAGGAGCACCCUCCUGGAGUAAUUUCACUGCUGUCAGGCAAUGUUGACAUCUAGAUUAACCUCUGUGCAGUGAAUUUUACAGCAAAGCUCAUUGUAAUGCAUGUGGGGUAUCUCCUGUAAAUUCCAGCUGAAGCCCGUAGCGUCCCACCCUUCUGCACGGGAGAAAGGGUCGGGAGCAGCCGCUGUCAUAUUUGACCCCAGCAGAGCGUGACUCUAACCUCAUCCAGGCCAGUUCUGCUGAAACUGAUUUUCUACCCUGCCAAAGUGACAGUAGCUCCAGCCUGUAUUUUUUUUAACACCCUGAAGAAGUUUACAUCACCAGGGUGACAGAACCUUUGUCAGUGACAAACAGCUCCCUUCAUGUCUCCACCCAGCAACAGAGUCCUAAUUAAAAGGCACUGGUUAACCAGUGGCAAUUAGCUGCUUGCACUGAUUAACUCCAAAACAUGCAAUCCUCAAAGCGAGGGCACUGAUCAGACCUGAUCCAGGACUGAAUGACAGACAAACUCUCAGCUGAUGUGAGAGAACUGCAUCCAAUCCUAUCCACCAGCCCGCAGAUGCACAAUUAACUCUGUCUACCAAACCAAAACUGCAUGAAUUAAAGCAGUUCACACAGUUCAUUCAGUGCGAGUCAGAGGACAUCGCAAAAGAAGUCUCCUGACUCCUGAACUCAUUGCUCCAGCUGUUAAGUCAGAUGUGCAGGCCAGGGCAAAACCCUUCUGUCUUUUGCUGUAACAGUGGGCUGAGCAGCAGCAGUUCCCAGGCAGAACAACAGCUUCUCUCUUUGUGCGUGUAGAGACCAUCUUGUCUGUGUACCCUAGAUGCAUCUCUGAGAUGCAUGUCUGUGUGAAAAAAAAAUCAACAUCUAAAAUACAGGAAGAUGAAGGGAAGGAAAGUAAUUACUUUUUUUUCUUUUUUUUUUUUUUUUGCCAAGUCUUCUUAUUCAUGUGCGUAUCUUCAAACUUGAACAUUUCUCUACAGUCAUCUGCAGAAAGUUCUAGGCAAGAGACAGGCUAUCGGGUGCUGAACAGGUUAGUCACCAACCCUAAGGGCAAAAUCUCAACAGUACUUGUAGAAAUCACUUUCAGAGCCCAACUCUGCUCUCACCACCAACAACUAGCAGUAGGUUUAUUGUUAUGUUUGUGAAAGGCCUUAGUCUAUGAAGAGGUGACACAUCCGUAGUUCCCCUCAUCUUCAAUGCCCUUGGCAUUUCUGAAAACAGGACCAUAAGGAAGAUUUCUUCAAACUAACAUUUACCAUUCCCAAUCAGAAUACAGCUGAAAAGGCUAUCCAAGGUUAUAUAGAAGGUCAACCUGUUGUUUUGGACUAGGGAAGGAAUUUGAUGGACCAAUUUAACCGCCACAGCACAUCAAAACCUGGUGGCUUCAUUUAAAAAGUAAUCAGUAUUGUAUUUCGCUUUAGACAUCCGUGCAUUAGUGUUCUGCAAAUAUGAUUUCCUCUUUGUUUGCAUUAUUGAUGCCAUAAAAUGUCAGACACAUUAAAAAAAAAAAAAAAAAAGGCCAACCUUUGGGGUUUGGAAUGAUUUUGGCUGAAUUGCAGUUGGGUUACUUUUCUUUUUAUUUCCCAUGAUAGUGAUGCACUGUUACUCAUUCUGCUAUUGCUUUACAAAGAGGUCUCUGUAAGUGUAUUUAUUCAGCCAACCAUAUUUCAGGAAACACAUAACCUUGAUAUUCUCUUUUAUGCUGAAUGUGAAAGUGGGGGGGGGGGCAGGGGUGCUUUUUACAAGAUUCCUCUUCUUAUGCAAUGCUGUGCAAGACAUGUCUGCUCAGGUGGCUGGUUAGAUUUCAUCUCAAGAACUGACUUUUGUGAUCAGAA